AGAAAUGCAAUUUUCUGCCGGAGAAAGAUUCACAUUUUUGGGUUAGUCGUGCAGUUUGUUGACUACAAACGACAUUUUACCUCAGCAAUGGUGAAUGUUAUGAAAGGAGUGUUAGUUGAAUGUGAUCCGGCUAUGAAACAGUUCCUGCUGCACCUGGACGAAACACAAUCACUCGGCAAAAAGUUCAUCAUUCAAGAUCUGGACGAGAAACACUUGUUUAUAUCGGUAGAGAUCGUCGAAGUGUUGCAGGCCCGUGUGGACGAUUUAAUGGAUCGCAUCAGUUUCCCGCUGCACGAGAAAGAAGCCUAA